UGUUAGCUCGGACGCAGCGCGAGACCGGUGUUACAUCGCCUGAUCGUUGUUCGUCCCUCCCCGGAGAAAAAAAAAUCCAUUUGACGUACUAAAACGCGGAGGGCAAAUCCCGUGGAGUUUCUUGAAUGGUUUCUUGUGCUUAGCGGCUCUACGUGGAUUGAAUUUUUUUUUACCCCCUCUUCAGUUAAUGUUGAUAAAUGACAGUAGUUUCUUCUAGUUUUUUUUUCACGCUUUAUGAAAUAAAUAAGUAAAAUAACAGUUGAAAAACACUCAUGCACGAGUAGUCACCUUGAGAAUUGCUUUUGGGAUAUGAGAAUGAAGCAAGUUCGUGUUUGAAAUGGAGGUACACACAUGGGACUUUGCAUCGGUAAUCUGACGGAUGCUGUAAUGAGGCCUUCUACACCUUCUAGUCAGCUGAUCUAGGUCACCAAAUACACUGGUAGCAUGAAAAGGUUACAAGAAUAACACAGGGCCGGGAAAUCAGUCACCAAUCAGUCCCACGACGGAGGUGAAUCAUUUACGAAUAAUUACUGUCAGUGAUUAUCAAAAACCUCGCUAACUAAAUAAAGUUCCACCUUCAUCUUUAAUAUGCUAACAAAGAUGGACGAUUCCUGAGAAAGAGACUGUUCUAAAAGAAUGAAAAUUAGCAAAAUGAACACUGAAUUUAUUUCUAUAAUGAUUUCCUGAAGGAAGAAAAAAAAUAUUUAAAGUGAGUGAAAAACAAGUUUCCUUUGGUGUGACUGACGAUUUUUCAACAAAGAGAUAAUAAUAAUACGAAGCAGAGAGAGUGAAUAAAGGAAGAAGAAGGAUGGUAUAACGAAAGGUACGAGGACAGGAAAAAGGAACAAUUGCUGUUUGGCGAAAUUCUCUUCUCCACCAUGUACGCCCUACUGUACUGCUCGGCCAUUGUGAUGCUUGCCAAGUCCGUGGCUGUGCAACAGUACGAGAUUACUACUUCCGAAGCAUCAGCGGUCAGCAGCACCAUCGCGUCCAGAGAGGUGACCGACAAAAACGCCUGGAGCCUGGACAGUUCCAGCCCAGGGACGCCUGAACCCAGCGAGGGCCUCUUCGAAGAAGGCUCCGCCUUAGAACUCAACAGACCCACCAGGAGCUACAGCGUCAGCGCGGCUAUGGCGGCCAAGGGCGGCGCCCCAGGGAGCACCGUCAGCACCAGAAACGCUUACAGGACGGCGGGCAUGAACCCCUCCCCUCCUCCCCUACCCCCGCCGCCGCCUGAGGCGGCGUCCUCCUCCUCGGGGAGGGUGUACCAUCGCUCCUCGCCGCCCAUCAGGAUCAUCCGGAGGAUUCCCACGACGCCCUUACCGCAGCCCUACUUCGAUCCCUCCUCCCCGACCAACAUCUCCGCCCAGUUGGGGAUGCACGCUUUCCUUCCCUGCACCAUCAGGAACCUUAACAAUAAUUCGAUAUCCUGGAUCAGGAGCCGCGACUCGCACAUCCUGACGGUGGACCGGUACACCUUCAUCGCCGACGAGCGGUUCCAGGCGUGGCACGAGGAGGACACGGAGACGUGGACGCUGCAGGUGAAGUACGUGCAGGAACGAGACGACGGGCGGUACGAGUGCCAAAUAUCGACUGAGCCCAAGAUGAGCCACUUCGUACAAUUCCACGUCGUCACGCCGUUGGUGCACAUCCCGGGAGGACCCGAUUUCUACGUGAAAAGCGGAAGCACUGUGACCCUUAAAUGCAUUAUAUCUGGGGCUCUCAUCCUUCCAGAGUAUAUCUUCUGGUACCAGGGCACCGACCGCGUAUUGGCGGAGGAACUCACCGGAGGACGCCAGGUCUUCGUCGAGCGAAUCUCCGACGACACGACGAUAGGGACACUCAUCAUCACCACGGCGUCGCCUAGGGACCAGGGGUCGUACACCUGCGUCCCUGCCAGCCUACCGACGGCCUCGGUCACGCUACACGUACUAAACGCAGGUGAGUAUCCAGCCGCCAUGCAUCACGGAGGGGCCCCGCUCAGCAGAUGCCCUCCGUCAAGGAGCCUCCUACUGUUCUGUCUGCUAGCAGGAUUGUGGUGGCUGUCGAGGGAGACGACCCUCCUCCUCCUCCCCACCCCUGCUUCUGCUAGUACCAUCGCCUACCUGCUCAACCUCCAACCAAGGUGAUGGUCAAGCCUCCACACACACUAACCCACCCUGCUGCCGCCUGCUGGAUUUGCUCCUGACGAGGAGAUCGACGCCCUUCGGUCGAGCGAGGUCUCAAGCAGGGUAGCAGCGGCGGCGUCGGCAGCCGGAAGCUCUUGUUAAAUAGAUGCCCUUUUUACUAACAUUUCCUUCGAGUGCACCGGAUCGGGAGUUACGCUUAUGGACUACAUAGGAAAAGGAGAUAUGAUUCGUGUUCUCACUCGAUGUGACUUCGAAGACGAAGACGAACGUAUAUAUAGUGAUUAAAACUGCUGCCAAAAAUAAGAAAAAUAAAUAUAUAAAGCCUAACAGAAAACAAGUUCGCGUGUGCUGGAUGUACUACUUUCCAGACUGUGCAUGCACGUGUAUAUAAUACUAAACAUUCGCGGGGUCUCAAGACCUUUCGAAGAAACCUUUAUAAAAAAUAUAUAUAAAAUAAAUGCUCAUUAUUCAAAUCAUCUCUAGAAAAUGUUCUGAAGGUGUGCGUAUUUUGGCCACUCGGAAACUUUCCAGGGAAAUGGCUGGAACAGACAGUGGCAUGGAGUGACUAAGAAACUGGGAUUUUGUGAAUGGCUUCCAGCGUCCCGAGGCUGGAAGUUACUGGCUUCCAGACUCCCGAGGCUGUAAGUUUCUGGCUUCCAGACUCCAGAGGCUGUAAGUUACUGGCUUCCAGACUCCAGAGGCUGUAAGUUACUGGCUUCCAGACUCCAGAGGCUGUAAGUUACUGGCUUCCAGACUCCCGAGACUGUAAGUUACUGGCUUCCAGACUCCCGAGGCUGUAAGUUACUGGCUUCCAGACUCCCGAGGCUGUAAGUUACUGGCUUCCCAGCGUCCUGAGACUGUAAGUUACUUGCCAGUGAUGAACUGAACAAACGAACUGUAAUUGUUCUCGGGGACAACAAACCUGGAAUAUCCCACGACGGAAAGAAAGUUUGGACGGUGGUGAUGACUCGCUGAAGCGUCGAAGAGUUGGAAACAAAACUGAAUUACCAUAAACUGAAGGAUUUUAAAAGGAAAUAUAUUUUUGUAGACCGUUGAAACAUGAGAUUAAUUUAUUAACGUCAAUCCUGAACUUGAAUACAGCGACAGAAGUGUGAUAGACUAUAUAGGUAUUAGUUGUAAAUUUGCCAUUUUGUGGACGCCAAUGACUAGAGAAUGACUAGUUUAUCUUGAAAACUAGAAAAAGAAGAAGAAGAAGAAUAAGAUGAAAAAGAGUGCCAAUCAAAUCUGAAUAGUUAAAAAGUCUUCUUGCAUUUCAUUUUCUUGGUGUCUAUUCAAUAAAAAAAAAAGUAAAUUGAUAACAAGCAUCUUCUAUUAAACAGUUUGUAUUGAACGAGACGCACAUUUUUACUGAAGUAUGUGAAUUGGUUCCAGAGCAAUUUUUGCUUUAACUGUUCUGUUUAUUAGUCCCUUCAUUCGUGUUCAAUACGUGUUUUGAAACCGGAAACUUCUCAUUAUACCUCGGAGCAUCUUGAAGGGAAUACUGGAACUGUCUUUCGUGUAGAUUUCUUCCAGAAGGGAGACUCGGGAUAAGUUUUGGAGUUACGACCAUCUCGCAAUAAUUUAACGUUCCAAAGUUCAGCCUACACACACAAUCCCAAUGAUAAAAUUCGCUCUUAGAUUCAUUACCCUUCAAAGACUAAUGCACUCUGGAAUGCUAUACUGGUUCGGAUUCUUACCAACCUAUGUACACCAUACAUUGUUUCCUAAAGCUAGUUAUCAAUCAGCCUGUCUUAAAAAAAUGUCUACUUUUGGUCCUAAAAUGGGCCCCUUGUGCUAUCACUCGUAAGUCUGUACACUGAAACCAUAGAAAGGUUCUUGGUAUCAAUAUUUACUGGAACCACCUUUUGCAAGCUUAAAUUCAUCCUUAGUCUUACUAUAUAAGACCUUACACUGCCCCUUAUUAUAUAUUUUUCCAGGGCCUUACUUUGAAGUCUUAGAUUUGUCCUCAGUUUAACAAACCUUAACAGGCUUGUAUGCCAAAACGUUAACACUCACUGAUCCUGAUCUGAGUAUCUCACAUAAACUUUAACUGAAAUUUAAGUUUGUUAUCGGCCAAACUAUCUUUAAAAGUUCAAGCUCUGAAUCCACAAAUAUUCUUCACUCGCAUCUUCCCUACAAGAUCUUUUAGCGAAGUCUUAAACUGAUCCUCAACCCUCCUUCUUUAAAACACUUUGUUUUAUCUUAAAUUUCCUUAAAUCUGAGUACAUUGCAGAAUCCUGGCACUGUAACCUUCAUUUUAUCAUCUCUUUCACCAUACUUCUAAAAUUCUGCUUUGAAAUUUCAGCUGGAACACAACAAAGACCUCUUGUAAAGACAGUUGCUAUGAGAAAGUCUCAAAUUGGUCCUUGGUCCUAAUGUCUUAUAUACACAUUUGUACGGAACUAUUCUUCUUGAAAACCUUACAAUUUGCUAUUAGUAUAUACUUGACACUUCAAAGUACCAACUUGUGUUCACCUUCCUCUACUCUUAAGCUUGAACAAUAUUUCCUUGAGUAUACAAUUUUUUGGGGACAAAAGUUAAGGCCUUUUGAAUUACCAGGAAACAACCUUAGGUCAUAUUUUUACUCACUGUAUAACAAUCUUCAAAAAGUCCUUCACAAUUAGUUACAGCAAUAAACAUUCCUUGAUAUGAGAGAUUCAAUAAGAGUAAGUAAAACAUAAAUUACCAUCAGAUUCUAAAACUUCCACCCUGUUAGAAAUCUUGAAAUACUCCGCCCCACAUCACCGCCAACACCUGCCAGCAACACUCAUACAGACCUCGUCAUUGCUUUCACAAAUCAAAAACCUGUCAGCAAUCUAACCUUGCACAAGGAUGGCGUAAGACUUGCAAGUCCUAAAUUAUUGAUCUGAACAUAACGUAUCCGGUACAAGCAAUAAUAAUGCUCUCAUUGUGUAAUAAAAGUCCACAAUUAUAAAGUAAACUGGAUUACUAUGUAAAAGACAAAAGCAAAGAAAUUUGUCUUGCACACAGUAACCCAGUUUACUAUAAUUGUGGAUUCAGUCUACUGUAUAACAGUGGAUUUUUUCUUUAUUCCACAGACUGUUUUACUUAGCAAUCCGUCAGUACCAAGCUAAAAAUAUGCAUUUUAUGAACCUGAUCAUGGUGUUCUAGCUGUGCCAACUACUUUUUUUAAUUGUCCUGGCUUUUUCAAGGACGCAUUUCCUUUCAAAGAUCAUAGAAUUCUCUUCUGAUGCCAUACUUACUGUCAGUUACUGGUUCUGUACAGGUACCUAAAGCUGGCCUCCUUGAUGCCAUAAUCACUUACUGCCAUUUACUGAUUCUGUACAAUUAUCCGAAACUGGUCCCUGGUGUCAAGGUAUCCUACAGAGACAUUAAAUAUAAGUCUACGUUUUUGUUACCAGUCUAACUAUCCUCCGGAGAGAUUCCUUGAUACCAGCCUUUCCAAAUGUUUUAGCACGUUUCUGCAUUUCUGUAAAGCAUCUGUUAAGUGACAUGCUGGAUCAGCUUCACUAUUGACCAUAAAAGUCCAACAGAUAAUUUUGUGGUGAAAAAAUAUUAAAAAAUCAAAAUAUUACCUACUCAGACAGGUAAUGUGUAAAACGUAAGUUGCAUUUCUUACCCACCACAAGUCUGUUUAUCAAGCAGUAGGUACCGUUCUACGUAGUUUGGAAGCACAUACAGUUCCUUUAUUUUGUCAGGUGAAACUUCCAAGACAUAAAAGUGUACAGGCUUUCAGCUUUAUUAUACGGCUGUCACAGACUCUGACUGCAUUGCAUAUUUUGAUUUAACUUAACAUUCCCUCGUUUCAUCAACAAAUUUAUUAUUAUUAUUAUCAUUAUUAUUAUUAUUAUUAUUUCAGUAGACGAAACCUAUCCACUUGACACAAGCGCAAUAAAGGGGCUAUUCACUUGAAAUUUAAGCAGUAGCUGAUCGUGAUACAGAGCCAGUGAUUUUUCAUCGCAUGGGGGGAGACGCGAACCCGCUAUAUCCAAGUGGCAUUUCAACAAGCUAACCGCUAUACCAGCAGUGGACCAGACAAAACUCUCAUUACUGUAUAGUAUAUAAAACCGUCGACUCCAAUUACUUACCAUAUUAACUCAAAAAAUCUUUGCCACAUUGACUCUAGAAACAAAAAACUUUACCACAUUACUCUAGAAACUCAAGAAAACUUUACCACAUCAACUCAGGAACUCAUGAAAACCUUUACCACAUUAACUCCAGAGACUCAAGAAAACCUUUACUACCAUUAGCUCUAGAAACUCAAGAAAACCUUUACCACAUUAACUCUAUAAACUCAAGAAAACCUUUACCACAUUAACUCUAUAAACUCCAGAAAACCUUUACCACAUUAGCUCUAUAAACUCAAGGAAACUAUACCACAUUAACUAUAGACACUCAAGAAACAUUUACCACAUUAACUCUAGAAACUCAAGACAAACUUUACCACAUCAACUCAAAAACUCAAGAAAACUUUACUACAUUAACUCUAGAAACUAAAAAAAAACUUUACCACAUUAACUCUAGAAACUCAAAAAAAAUCUUUACCACAUCUACUCAGAAACUUAAGAAAAACUUACCACAUCAACUCUAGAAACUCAUGAAAACCUUUACCACAUUAGCUCUAAAAACUUUACCACAUUAACUCUAGAAACUCAAGAACAAUUUCACCACAUUAACUCUAGAAACUCAAGAAAACUUUACCACAUUAACUCUAGAGACUCAAAUAAACUUUACCACAUUAACUCUAGAAAC